AUGGAAAAUGAAACUGUUGCAUCGCACCAGACUCACAUGCAGUUGACAUUAUGGGCAUUUUGCUUGAAUCGCUUACUUGCUAGAGAGCUUACAUUAAGGGAAAUAUCAGAUGAGCUAUACACUUUUCCUUUACUAGAUGAAUGGAAAGACGAUUGCAGCAGACAAGCAUUAUUAUCAAUAUUGCCACAGUGUUUACACGGCCUAGAAACAAUCACUUCUUUACAACAGAAAGAAGUUGCUUUGGAGUUGUCGAUAUGCGAAUUGGAUAAUGCCAAAAUUGAAUACCCACUAGAUUGCGAUCCACAAAUUAGACAAGCAAACAUUGACAAGUGUAUUCAGUCAUUGGAGAAGUCACCUCAAUUCUGGACUAGCUACAGUGGCAACUAUAGAAGCGUAAAGGAAGUAUGUCAUCAAGUGAGCUUGCCAUUCAAGAAGGAACAAAUUAUAGAAGUUUACGAGAAUGUAACUAUACUUUUCCAAAAUGUGAUGAAUGACUUGAAGACAUCUCAAGCAGAUAAUGAUGAAGCCCAGAAACACAUGAAAGAAAGGUUUGAGGCAAUGUUUAAUAUUGUCGACGAUAUCAUGAAAGAGAGCAGAGGGUCAGCAGAGUUAAUGAAUCAGACAUUUAAUGUAUUUUACGAGAAUUUUGAAGUCUCUUUAAACAAUGCCCUUGUUAUCAUAGAGCAAUCGUAUCAAGGCGCUAAUACCAAUAUGAAUGAACUCGAACAGCAUGUCAAUUACUUCACUAAAGAAAUGUAUCACAUUUGUGAAUUGAUACGAGAAAACCAAGACAUGUUGAGCCUGCUGCAAAAGGAUUUGGAAGCACAUAAGGAAAUUCUUCUGAAUCAACAAAACGAGGCGUUGAAAAAUAUAAAGGGUAUUAACGAGUACACUUUGGAGUUGCGAGAUUCUACUAAACGCCACUUUGACUACAUAGAUCAUAAAAUGCAGUUCUCGGUGUUUAAGAUCCACUCCAUUAAUGAAUUACUAAACCGAAACUUUGAUAAUUUACAAGUGCAGAGACAAUAUAUAAAUCAGCAGUCUGUUGCGAUGGUGGAUGACAUUUCGAAAGCUUUUGUUCUGUAUUUGAAUGCAUCGGGUCAGGAGAUACUCGCAUCGUUUGAAUCUUCAUUGAACACCUCUUUGGAGAAUUUAGAGGAGAAAAUAGAAGAAGCCGUAGUCUCAAUGGAAAUGCUUGAUUUUAAAGUCAAGAAUUUUCUAAAUCUCGCACAUAAUGCCACCAACUACAUUGCUAAUAUAAUUCCGGACCUUGUCCGUGGAGCUUUCGAUUAUACGCACAAAAGCUAUGUUUCAAUGAUGGCUAAUGAGAUUUAUCUUGAUUUGCGAGAAAACAACGUUUAUUCCAUUGACCCUGAAAUAUAUUCCAAUUUGUACACUUAUGCCCACUUGAUUGAUAUAUCGUAUUGCAUAUCUGAAGUUCAUGGAAUAGAACCUCCUUUCAAAUGCGACUUGAAUUGUGAAAAGCGUUUUCCCAACAUGUCGUUGGUCUAUCAAUGGUACUUUCCUGAGUCUGUGACAGGGUAUAUCGCCAGCACCUACAACAACAUCUUCAAUUACGAUAUUUCCAAACCAAAAAAGACAAUAAUUAUAUCACUUCGAGGUACACGGUCUAUUUUUGAUACCUAUGCCGAUAUGAAAAUUGAUAUGAUAGGUUAUUCCAACGUCGGAUUGAAUUUACCAUUAUGUGGACGUGGGUGCAAAGUCCAUAAUGGAUUCUUUCGUUAUUUCACGACCACUUUAAGUAAUAUCAAUCAAUAUGUAGUCGAAGAAAUUGGAGAUGAAGAUGAUUAUGAAUUGAUUAUAGUUGGACAUUCAUUGGGUGGCAGUGUUGCAUUAUUGUUGGGGUUGCACUAUCUUGAUAUGGGUUACGACAAAAUGACUUUGGUCACAAUGGGACAGCCACUAACUGGCAAUCAGGAUUUUGUGAAUUGGGCAGAUAAAGUACUAGGGAGUCAUAUUGAGUUAAAGCAUAAUGAAUUCAAAAGAAAGUUUUUAAGAUUAAUCCAUAAGAACGACGUGAUUACUACAAUACCACGCAGUAGUAACCCAUUCACUCAAUAUCAUCAAUUUGAUAACCAAAUCUACUUGAAUUACAUAACUACUUACAAACGCAUAUUACGUACUUUAGAAGAAUGGGGCUUUGUGGAAUUGUGA